AUGUCAUCCUCCAAAGACCCCGCCGAUCCACUUCGGUUGGAAUCCAAAUUCCAAAAACCCGCCAAGCAAUCCGUGUUCGAGAAGCAAAAGGCCGAGGCUGAAGCCAAGCGUAAGCGCGAGGCUGCAGAAACCGCUGCCGUAUACGAAGACUUUAUCAAGAGCUUUGACCACGACGAGGAUGACCAUGCAGAGCACAGCGCGUCGGCGCAGCGGAAUCAGCGGCCUGGGUUUGGCAACUUUGGUGGACCGCCGCCGCCCUCGGGGCCCAGCGGCGCAUCGCGGCGACACUUUGGCACGUCGUCGGGGAUGAAGAGCGGGCCAGGAAGCUUGGGGAUGCCGCCUAUGCCGUUUGGGAAGAAGCGCUCCUUUAAUGACUUUUCUAAAGAAUCAGAGGGCAGAGCAACGUUGAAAUUCGAGGACAAGAGCGACGAUGAAGAGAUGGUCGACCGCGCCGAGGAGAAGGCUAUAGCGAGGCCGACUCUACGGCUGUCCAAUCUCCCCCCAGGAAUCUCCCCCGCCACGAUCAAGUCGUUAUUACCUGCGAACCUGACGGUCGAGAAUGUCAAAAUUCAACCUCCAGCCGGGCCCGGAGGAUCAGAGAGGAAAUGCACGGUUGCCAUCGUGACCUUGUCUAAAGAGACUCCUGCAACAGAUAUGGAUGCUGCGGUAAGCUCCUUGCAGAACCGAUAUAUGGGCUACGGCUAUUAUCUAUCUCUCCAUCGCCAUCUUUCUUCUGCCGUUAGCAACUCUACGCUAUCAGGACUGGGCUCUUCUGGCUCCGCAUCUCAACCUUUUGGGGCAAAAUCAGUAGACCAAGAGUCUGGAGCUGGGCACAACGAUCAUUCACGCCAUGGAUUUCACCGGGGAUUUGCCCCACCGUCUUCAUACUCUGGUGGACAAGGGGGUGUAAACCGGACUGGCCUGUUAUAUGUGCCUGUCAAGCCACCUCAGGAUAUUCGAAUGAUAAGACUCAUCAACAAGGUGAUUGAAGGUGUCCUUGAACACGGUCCCGACUUUGAGGCUCUGCUCAUGUCCCGUGCAUCAGUUCGGAGAGAGGAAAGAUGGGCUUGGCUAUGGGAUGCAAGGAGCCAGGGCGGCGUCUGGUAUCGAUGGACGCUUUGGGGAGUCAUUUCUGGUUCACAUUUACAGCAGAAAAAAGGCAAAUAUGUCCCGCUCUUUGACGGAGGCCAUGCAUGGAAAACACCAGAAACGGGUCUUCGCUUCGAGUAUACCACCAGGCUAGAUGAGUUCGUUUCAGACGUGGAGUAUGACUCUUCAGAGGAUGAAGACUUUGACGGAGACGCAAACCGUGACGGCGGCCCGACUGGCGAAGAGGAAAAGACGUUUCUCAAUCCACUGGAAAAGGCCAAGCUAGUUCAUCUUUUAUCCCGCCUACCGACCACGAUUGCAAAGGUUCGCAAGGGAGAUAUUGCGCGAGUAACGGCCUUUGCCAUUACCCAUGUUAGCCGCGGUGCUGACGAAGUUGUCGACUUGGUCGUCUCCAAUAUAGAACGGCCUCUAUCAUUGGCGGUCACCGACCAAGAUACGAAAAAGGAAGGCAAAGGAGAGCAGCAAACAGCAGGCACCGAAGAAGGCACUGUUGCUGCAAGUGAAAACACAGACGCAAGCGCGGCUACCUUGGUUGGCUUGUAUGUGGUGUUUGAACGCCUAGGCAUGAUGGCUGAAAAAUUGGGUUGGGGUCGACUACGUGCGGAAAAAUGGAAGCGAAGCGUCACCCUUGUGUUAAAUCUAUGGGAAGGAUGGUGCGUCUUUCCGAAGGGGAAGUGGAAGGUCGUCGAAGCCAACCAGACCGCCCCCACAACGUCUGAGUCUGUUAUUGCUAGUGAUGCCGACGUAACGGCGCAGCAGCAGCAGGAGGAGAAGAAAGAGGAAGAAGAGGAGGAGGAGGCAGUAGGCGAGCCUAUCGAAGAAGAUGACGUUGACGGAGAACCUCUUGCGGACGAAGACCUAGAUGGAGAACCGAUUGAGGAUGACGAUGACGACGUAAUCGGAGAACCUAUGGAUGAAGACGACGAUGAAGACGUGGCUGAUGUUGGUAAAAACCCUCAAGCGGAGCCGCACUCUGCAGGUCGAGGCCAGCCUAGAAGACGAAUGCGAGCGGCCGAUAUGUUUGCUGACUCGGACAAUUCGGACGGCAACUAG